AUGCCGCCUUCUGACCCAAGGCCCCCCGCCAGCCCCUCAUGGUUAGAGAAGUCGGAGGACCUGAGGGACGCGUUGCCUACGGAGAGGAAGUCCAUAUGGCGGACGGCGGAGGAGAGGCGCAUGUCCGACCUCACCCGGGUGCUCGAGUGGCUGGAGCGGAGGCAGGGCAAGAAGGACCGGGCUGCCCAGGCGCAUGAGAAACUCACCCUGGUGGCGCCCCCCCGUAAGGCCCAAGCGAAGGAAGAAAAGAAAGCCAGAUUCGCCCAGAAGCAGGAAAAACAGAGCCACCGGGUGUCAUUCUCCGAGAAGGAGCCAGAGGUGAACAGGAAGGACAGAGACGCCGUCACAUACCGAAGGCUCUACGGCGUGGAGGCCAAGGGAAAACGCCUGAGCAUGGUCCCCGGCAGCUACGUGAAGGACGGCGCUGGGAAAUCCGACAUGGAGAUCAGGGACCCAGUCAUCCCAGAGUCCAGUCAGCGGUCGAUGCCCUUCUCUCGACAGAGCCUGCAGGAGACGGUGUUACAGGACCCUACCUUUGCGGGGCGGAGGUCGACCCUGCUGAGAGACUGGGUCGGCAAGAUGCCCGACACCACCUACGACCGCAGGCUGAAGAGCCUCAUCGACAAGGGCGUGGACCCCAGGGUGGAGGUCCUGAGGAUCCUGAAGCCGGAGGAGGUGCUGAGCUGCCGGUACCUGAGGCUGUCCCCAAACAACAUCCGGACCCUGGUCAAGCUGUGCAAGGACGCGGGGAUGUUGGUGGACAUCCACCCUCACAUGACCGAAGCGGAGAUAGACGCCAAAAAGGUGUUCUCCCAGGCCUCCAUGGUGGCCCUCUGA